AUGAAUUCAACAUGGGUUAUUUCAUCCAAUAUUGUCAAUAGUGACAAUUAUUUCAAAUAUAAUAAUGCAUUAAUAUCAAAUUUUAUUCAUAAUGAUAAAAAUAUUUUUUAUCCAUCGACUAUUCUAUCACAUACAAUUUCCAAUCAAAAUCUAUUAAAAAAUUAUAAUAUUACAAAUGAUAUUAUUUCACGAAAAAUUACAAAUUUUACGCUUAUAUUUCUUGUGUCAAUAAUGACAUUAAUAACUGUACUAGGUAAUUUACUAGUUAUUGUUGCAUUUAUAACUGACGCAAGAUUACGUACAUACUCAAAUUAUUUUAUUCUUAAUCUAUCAAUUGCAGAUCUAUGUGUUGGACUUGUAUGUAUUCCACUUUAUGCUCAUAAAUUUAUAUUCAAUGAAUGGUAUCUCGGUUAUCAUUUAUGUAAAUUAUGGCUUGUAUUCGAUUAUGUUGUUGGUUCAGCAUCAACAUUAUGUAUUGUUGUUAUUUCUUAUGAUCGUUAUCAAAUGGUAUCAAAAGGUUUAAAUUAUCUAUCAGAUAUAACUAUACAACGUGCAUUAAAAUUUGUUUUUGGUACUUGGCUUAUUGCAAUACUUAAUUAUGGUCCAGCAAUUAUAUUAUGGGAUUGGUUACCUGGAAGUGAACCAUAUCAAUAUCGAACAUGUGAUCCACCAUUUGCAAAAAAUUUUCCUUAUUUAAUAACAACAGCAUUAGUAGAAUUUUUUGUACCAUUUUUUAGUUUAACAACACUUAAUCUUCUAGUCUAUUUAAAUAUAAGACAACGUUCACGUGGACUUAUACGAACUAAUACAAUGAAAUUUACAUAUAAUGGACUUAAUGCAAAAUUAUCCGAUGUUAAUUUAUCAAAAGAACAAGAUGUAAGAAGAUCUUCAUCGAAAUAUCCUAAAUCAACAUCAUUAGCACGAGAUCGUCGAGCAGCAAAAAAUUUAUUUAUACUCGUUUUUGCUUUUGUUAUAUGUUGGUGUCCAUAUACAUUAUUAACAUUAGUACGUGCCGUAUGUAAACAAGCAGAUAAAUGUAUACCUUCACUUAUAUAUGAAAUAACAUUUUGGUUAUUAUGGUUAAAUUCAACAAUAAAUCCAUUUCUUUAUUCAUGUUUACAUGUCAAAUUUCGGGAAGCUUUUUAUCGAAUAUUAUGUUUUUACAAGCCUAAAUAUCGUCAUCAAUUACCAACUGAAUUAGUAUAA